UGUCAUGUGACAUCAUGACCUGCAUUUCCUUAUUUUCCUAAAGUAAAACACGCAAGGUUUGGUUGAAGUCCGUUGAGCUUGUUUCAGCAGUUUGUUCCUGUUUUCUCUCAAACUCACAGUUUGAUCUUUGGAUAAUGAAAGUAUUCAUUAUAUUAUCGCUCAUUAUCAAUGUGGUGUGUCCCACAGUUUACAAGCAUCAUGUCUUCGUCUACGGCACACUGAAAAAAGGCCAGCCCAACCACUCUAUAAUAAACAACAGAACCAUUGGUCAAGCCGAAUUCCUCGCUCACGCUCGAACCGUAGAGCGAUACCCACUCGUGAUCGCCACCAAAAACAACUACCCCUUCCUGCUCAAUGUGCCUGGUACAGGUCAGCGCGUCCACGGCGAGAUCUACUCCGUAGACCAGAAGAUGCUGGACUUCCUGGAUGAGUUUGAAGAAUGCCCUGAGUUAUACCAGCGCACCAAGGUCCGGCUGGAGGUGCAGGAUGGGGACGGUGACGUAGAAAACACACUGAAGCCUGAAGCGUUUUUGUACAGCACAAAUACAUAUGAACCAGAGUGGCUCCGGAAACCAACAUACGAGAAUUAUGAUACGAACGGUGAUCACGGACUGCAAUAUCAUGAGGACACAAGCCCUGAGUAAUGACUGUACAGGUGCUGCCUACCAGGGUCCAAAAUUGACAUUUUACCAACGUGUCAGUGUCACGUCAAUUUACCAUUUAGAUUUUUUACACUUACGUGUGUUUUCUUAUGAUUAUGUGAUUGUCACUCCAGUAUAAUAUAUCUAGAUAACAGGUGUAUUUGUACAUAUGCUGUAGAAGUGUUCAUUAUUAUGAGUUUUCUAAACUACACUUUACAAAAAAAUAAUUAAUUCAGUAUUUUCUUUCCUUCUUUUUUUUAAUAUAAAUUACAACUAAUGCAGCA